UUUAUGUUAUCAAAGAAUUAAACCUCAAGAGGAGAAUAUUUGGGUAUUAACUAAAUGGUCAAGAAAUGAUUAUGAAAAAUAUCCUAGAAUACCUUUUAUCCUUUGGGAAGAAGAUCAUUAA